ACCCACCGCAAGUCCUCUCUCGUGUAAGCCCAGUCCACAAGAUCUGCCGUAGACCACUUCACCGAAGCAGAGCAACCAUAGUGCUCGAGGCAGAGUACCAUCCACACCCAGCCAUGAUGAUGAUGAGCGAGGGCGUGAGCGUGCCGCCGUGGGGCAGCCUCCCGGUGAGCGGCGUCGACGUCGGCGGCAACGGCGACGAGAUGACCCCCUACCUCCUCGCCGCGCUGCGCCAGUACCUGCCCCGCAACGACCUCCUCCCCCUCGACCCCGCCUCCGACGACGACGACGAGGCUGCCGCCAUGGCCGCCGCCGCCGACGCGUACGCGUGCGACGAGUUCCGCAUGUACGACUUCAAGGUGCGCCGCUGCGCGCGCGGCCGGAGCCACGACUGGACCGAGUGCCCCUUCGCGCACCCGGGCGAGAAGGCGCGCCGCCGCGACCCGCGCAAGUUCCACUACUCCGGCGCCGCCUGCCCCGACUUCCGCAAGGGCGGCUGCAAGCGCGGCGACGGCUGCGACUACGCGCACGGCGUCUUCGAGUGCUGGCUCCACCCCGCGCGCUACCGCACGCAGCCAUGCAAGGACGGCACCGCCUGCCGCCGCCGCGUCUGCUUCUUCGCGCACACGCCCGACCAGCUCCGCUCCGUCCCCGCCCAGCACGCCAGCCCCCGCAACUCCGGCACGCCGCUGUCCCCGCUCGCCGAGUCAUACGACGGCUCCCCGCUCCGCCGCCACGCGUUCGAGUCCUACCUCACCGGCAAGACCAUGUCCUCCUCCCCCACCAGCACCCUCCUCUCCUCCCCGCCCAAGUCGCCGCCGUCCGAGUCCCCGCCAAUGUCGCCCGACGCGCUCCGCCGCGGCGCAUGGCCCGGGGUCGGCUCCCCCGGCGUCAACGACGUCAUGGCCUCCCUCCGCCAGCUGCGCCUCUCCAAGGCGCAGUCGUCCCCGUCCGGCGGCUGGACCAGCAGCUACCACCUCUCCCCCGCCGCGGCCGCGUACGGCUCCCCCAAGGGCGGCGGCGGGGGCGGGCUCUACAGCCUCCCCACCACCCCCAUGGCCACCCCGGCCAACGCCGCCGGCUUCAUGGCCAACCUGGAGCCGCUCAACCUCCGCUUCAUGGACGACGACGAGCCGGUGCAGAGGGUCGAGUCCGGCCGCGCGCUCCGCGAGAAGGUGUUCGAGCGGCUCUCCAGGGACGGCGCCGCGUCCGGCAGCAGCUGCUACGGCGCCGGCCCCGACGUCGGCUGGGUCUCCGACCUCAUCAACUGACCGCCGAACAAGACGCAUGGCAUGGCACGGCGACGACAGGCUCAACAAGACGGUCCCAACC